AUGUUUCGACAGUCGUCAGCAAGUUGGCCCACUCCCAACCAAAGCACUCUUUCUCGCUUCAAGCAAGUGGAGAACACAAACUAUGUGGUAGAGCUCACGAAUCAGAAUAGGAUGCACUUCUUGGCCAUCCAGAGCGCUGAUAUAAUCGAUGCCUUUAAGACGCUCGUUCUCAGGCUGGCAAUCAAUGAGACGUGUCCACACCGUGACGGGCCAACGCAACCGCACAAAAAGGCAAACCUGGUGCUGAAAAAGAACGGAAACACUGAGAAAUCUUUGAGGAUUGAGCUUCAAAAUCACAGAUUUGAAAGCUGA